AUUGAUGUCAACUAUCUCUGAGGUUGAGGUCGCGAUUUCGAACACCUGCAUGUUUCUACGUCGUUGAGAAGCUGGAAGACUGUGUCUCGUCGUUGAUUCAUUUCAGUGUUUUGACUUAGAUUCUAGAGGACCGUGCAUUUCGUAGGCUAGGAAGAUGGGGAGGCGUUCGACGGCGACGACGAAGAGCGGAAAGUACAUGAAUCCGACCGACCAAGCUCGGAAAGAGGCGAGAAGAAGAGAACUGAAAAAGAACAAGAAGCAACGUCAGCUUGUCAGAGAUGCUGUACUGCGCAGCAAGAAUGUCAGAGAGCUUUGCAGUGAUCUAGACAAACUAGAGGAAAUGGAGCUUGGUCUCAGAGAGUCAGAGGUGUCUAAUGAGAAGGCGGUCAAAGAAAAAAAGAAACGGACGUCUGACACAUUGUUAAAAAUCUUGAAAUUCUAUGAGAAGAAUGAUAGACAUCAAUAUGUCGAAGCAAAGAAAUUAUAUGAAGACUCUGAAAACAAACGGAGAAAGUUACGAGAAGAGGUUUUUAAACCAUAUGGCUCCACAGGUCAGCAGGAAUUAGAAGCGAUCUGUUUGCCUGAUAUUCCACUUCCUCCUGAAACUCCUGGGACAACACUAGCUCCCAGUGAUAUUCCGCUUCCUGAAGAACACAAACCUGAGCCUUUACCAGCUGGUCUGACUCCACCAGGUCCACCUCCAGGACCUAUCCCAGAGAGAGCUAGAAGAAUUCCCGAUUCCCUUCAGCCAGAACUACCAGACAGUGACCAUACUCCAAAAGGAAUCUUGAAGCAGCAAAGUCAUGAAUAUGAUUCCCAGUCGUCAAGUGGUAGUGAUAGCGGAAACAGCAGUGAUGAAGAGGAAGAGAAGAGUGGAGAGCCUCAACCGAAGAGGUCAGUACGGUUUGCUCCCGAUGAGAAUGAAACAUCAAAGACACCAACUACCUCAGAGGUCACUACCAAUGCCAGUGGUCCAGAUAAACUCGAGGCAGUAAAGACCGGAACUCCUACAGAUAUACAACCUACUCCAGCUCUACCAAUGGCACAGCAUUUCCAAUCGACAAUGCCAUACCCACCAAUGUUGCCUCCUAGUGUCAUCUCUAAUCCACCAGUCAUGCCACUACAGUUCAGACCUCCACCUCCGAGAGAUAUGUUUCCUCCUCCUCCUCCUCCCCCUCCUGGACCACUGCAAUUCAUGCCUGGUCAACCACCACCUCACCUACCACAUAUGGGAAUACCACCACCAAUGCCACCAUCAUUCGGUCGAGGUAUCCAACCACCUCCACCUCCCCCAGGAGUAACAGCACAACAACCUAUACAUACAUCUCAACCGAGUGCUGUGCUGAGUGCACCGCCAGUUCUGACUGGAUCUUCAUCGUAUGAUUCUGGUGGAAAAGAUGGUGCGACAAUAUCUGCUGAACCUCAACUAAGGAACACUCAAGCAGAGGUUACAAAAUUUAUGCCUACAUCUCUAAGAAUUAGAAGAGAUCAACCGAGACUGUCAAAGCCGAGGCCGAAGGCCAUGCCUAUUCGACCGAUGAAGACUGGAGAAGGACAAAAGGCAGCAGUCAGUUCCGUUACCAAAGAUGAUGCUUAUACUCAAUUUAUGAAGGAAAUGGAAGGACUUAUGUAACAUGGGUACAUGCAAGUCCUGUAGGAGUAACUUCCGUCAUUCUUAUUUGUGUCAUGUAGUUUGUGCUACACAGGGCUGCUUAAUUAAGGAAUCCCUAAAAAUAAAAAAAUAGUGACCAGA